AUGUUGCGGGAAAGUUCGAUGGCUUUGGAGGCGGGAAGGCUUUCGCAGACUGCGGUGGAGCAGGCUGUGAGGGAAGGAGGUGGGCCGCCAGUUUCGGCGGGAAUGACUUUGGAUGCUCCGGCUACAGGAUGGGUCCAUGUGAACGGGGCGUGGCUACCCUACUACAUGCUGCAAGGUCAGAUGGUGAUUCCUCAGGGAGCUGGAGGUCGAAGUGGCAAUGCGGGUAGUGGCGAGGGUGGAGUGAAUGGUUCGCUUCCAAAUGUCGGGAUCGGACCUUCGAUGUCGGCUCCGCCACCGCCUCCGCCUCCGCCCAGGUCUCCGUCUACUCCGGCUCGAAGGCCUCGUCAAGGGGAUAAUUCCACUCCUGGAGGCACUCCGGUUCCGCCUCCGCCUCCAACACCGGCGACUGUGGCGAGCCCUCCUGCGGUGUUUGCGGGGAGUUCGGAAGUGGAGGAGCCGAGCAAACUGGUGACGCGACUUCCGAUGUUGGCGGCGACUAAGGGCCAGGACGCUGCAGUGGUGGCUGGGGACUGGCUGGCGCAGCUGGAACCAAGCAUGUCGAGCCUGAGCAGUUCGGCGGCCUCGUGGUGGCAGGCCUUGAUGGAGAGGGUUAGAGUGCUCUACACGAGAUGGUUGGAGUCGACCCCCAUCCUGAGGCUCCAGAUCCGUCAGGAAGUGCUGGCGCAGAGACCACCCAUCGACAAGUACCAGAGAGUGGAGCAGCGAGCAUCUAUGUUGCUGCUGGACAGUUUGCCGGAGGACUUGCGGGCGGAAGUUGUGAGUGUGAGGGCGGUGACGGUGGAGGCGAUGAUUUUCUUGGUCCACUGCUCCUUCCAACCCGGCGGCUCGGCCGAGAAGGCGUAUUUGCUCCAGUUCUUGACGGCGCCGGAGUCCGGCAACUCUGUGGACUCGGCCUUGUCCCUGGCCCGGAAGUGGGUGCGGCUUUUGAGGCGUGGCAAAGAGCUCCAGGUUGUGUUGCCAGACCCGAGUCUCCUUUGUCGUGGUUUGGACAAGCUUCAUGGGGGAGUUUUCGCGGGCAACAAACACCCUAGUGCGGCCUUUCGCAUAGCCAGCUUCAAAUUGGAACGUCAGUUGGACUACAAGGCGAUGGCUAAGGACGUUGAGGACUAUGCGCAGUUGAUCCUUGGGGAGCUGGAAGCCGCGCUGCUCGCGCAGCCACUGCCCUCCCAGCCGAAGCUCAACCGGAUGGAGGAGACUGGGAAUGCCGAUGCGGGCAAAGGCAAGGGGCAAAAGCCUUGUUGGGGGUGGUCGGAUGGAUCGGGCUGCAAGUAUGGCCAAAACUGUAUGUUUCGUCAUGAUUCACUUGGCCCUGGUCGUUGUUGGGUGUGCGGAAGCAGCAGUCAUCUUAAGCCUCAGUGCCCGGUUGCCGGUCAAGGGGGGAAUGGCUCUUCAUCGACGGCUGCGGGAACGACGAGUUCUUCAACGGCGCCUUCUACAUCUCCGGCACCUCCGGCUGGAAAAGGGGACCAAGUGCCAGAAAAGCCUGGAAGGAAGCCCCGGCGGAAAGGCGGUGGUGGAAAGGGCAACAAAGAUGCGAUCAGAAAGGCCGAGGAGGAUGGAGUCUCGACGGAGGGGGGAGCGACCAAUGCAGCUCCUCAGGCAUCGGCGACCUCGGCUGCUACGACGGCGGCCCCGUCGAGUGAUUCGGCAAGGGAGGAUUUCUUUGAGGAGGCGGCCAAGGCCCUGAAGUCUUUGAGGCUGGCCCGUGCUACGUUGGAUCGGGUGGCUAUGGUGGCGAAUGGGCCUCUCAGGGCACUUGUGGAUUCAGGUGCUACUACGUCAAUGAGAACGGCGAGGCAGCGCGAAACCCAGGGACUACCUACUCGAAAAGUGCUACUGGCUGAGGGUGAGGCGAACUUCUACCAACUUCCGGGCGGAACGCUGCUGACGGAAAGGAGGACCUCACCUAUCGUGGCGAUGAGCGACCUGAUGGAGAUCGGCUGCAGGGUGUCAUGGGACUCGGCCGAGGGCUGCUGCAUCACCCAUCCUGUUCGGGGAUCUCUGGGUGUCCAGGUUGUGAACGGCUGUCCAGAGGUGGAUGAGACUCUGGGAUUGGAGUUGAUUGAGGAGGCCGAGAUCAUCAAGAAUCGUCGUCGUGAGGCGGAGCUCAUGGUGAAUCGGCUGGUCUUGGAAUGCAGCCCGGAGCCAAAGCUGGACUGGGAUUUGGGAGCCAAGGCCGUGAAGGACUUGAAGAAUGGUGUUGGAAUUUCCUGGGCCUGGCUUCGUCGAGCGUUCCCUCAGGCUCCCGCGUGGCUGCUGUCGGCCAUUCCGGUGGUGGCCUCUAUGGAAGGCAGCAGGAUCCCUUGGAACCGCCGAGAGCGGAAGAAGUGGCGACAGGCCACUGCUGUGGCCGUGCAUCUGUUCUGCGGUAGAGACAGAGCGACCUGGAAAUCGUCAGCGGAGGCGGCUCACGUGGUGACUGUGGACCAGGCGGAGGAUGUCAUGGCGGAUGAUACCUACGCUGCCCUGCUGGAUUUGGCCCUUAGUGGAAAGGUGAAGAUGGUGUUUGGAGGACCGCCCCCGAGGACCUACUCGGCACUACGAUCCUCGUCUGCGGAAGGAGAGGGGGAACUGCGUCCUCUACGUGAUCGUGAUGGUGAUGGAAGGUGGGGUCGGGCAGACCUCAGUGAAUGGGAGGCAUGGCGAGUGAGACAAGACACCAUCAUGACCUUCAGGAUGAUCUUCUUGUGGAUGGUGGCCACUGCGGUGGCCCGUGGCAAUGGGUGUCAGGAUCCAGAUUUUCUGAUGGAGCAUCCGGAGGACCCCCAGGAGUUUCUGCCGAAGAAGGGUCUAGCGUCGUUGUGGGCUUUUCCUGAGGUUCAGUUCCUGAAGAAGGAGAUGAAGUGGUGGUGGUGGGCCUUUGAUCAAGGUCCUCUCGGGCAUCCUCGCAGGAAGCCUACCCGGGUGUUGUCCUCUCAGCCUUGUCCGAAGGCGCUGCAGGAUGUACGCGGGCCCUCAGUUGUUUCGGAGGAGGAACGAGAUGCGGAUGGUGAAGGCUUCCGAGCGGCUCGGUGGGCGGCGUGGAGUCCGGGCCUGAAGCGUGCUGUGCAGCGCGCUGUCGAGGAGAGUUUGGCGGGAGCGACCUUGGAGUCCAUCUGCAAGCUGGACGGCGCCUUUCUGGAGCACUUGCAGCGGGACCACACGCCGUUCAGGCGGCAUGCCCAUCGCCGCAUUGUUGCUCCGGACGCCUGGACCCUCAGUCUGGACUUGAUCGGGCCAACUCGCCAGGGCUCGGAUGAGUACGUCCACAAGAUCCGCUAUGGGCUUAUCGGCACCCUGGUUGUUCCGGAUACUUUGGGAAAGAUCCUUCAGCCUCCUGAUCCGGAUGGUGAUGAUGAGGGCAAGGGCGUGGGUCUAGUGGAGGAUCCGAUUUGUGAUGAAGACCACCCCGACCCUGCGGAAGCAGAGGCCUCCGGAGCGGAGGCGGAGCGCAGUGAUCGGGAGAUGGAGAGGUGGAAAGCCAGAGUUGAAAAGGACAAGCUUGAGAAUGUGACCUGUGUGGAAGUCCCCUUCUUUGUGCCUCUGGCCAGCAAAGGUGCUGCGGAGGUGCUAGCGGCCACCAAGGACGUGCUGGUGCAGGUGAAGAAGCUCGGGCUCUCUGUCCAGAGGAUUCACACGGACCGCGGCCGGGAGUUCAUCAACAAAGGCUUUCGAGCUCUAUGUCGGGAUCGCAAUUUGGUGCGGACUACGACGGUUGGAGAUGACUUCAAGGCCAAUGGUCGGGUGGAGGCUUUGGUUGGCAGGGCUAAGUGCGCGGUUCGGACCUACUUAGCCAGCUCCGGUUUAGGAGCAGAGAUGUGGGCUUUUGCGAUGCGGCACUACACCUCCCGGAUCCAGCAGCAGGUGGCCACUCAGCUUGGUGCUCGUCUACCCCGGUUACCACCGUUUGGAACGCGGGUCUUCGUCAAGAGGAGGUCCUGGAACCUUAAGAAGGAGGAGUUUUCGGAGAAGGUGGUGGCGGCGAGGGUUCUGUGUCCUUCGCUGGAUGUGGCGCGGGGUUUCCUGGUGAAGACCGAUGACGGCGCCUACGUGACUACCAUGGUGGCGGUCGAGAACGUGAAGGAGGUCUCGGGAGAGUUCGAGGUUGAUGCUCCGCCCUCUGCUACUGGAGAGCCCGGAGUUCGACGCAGGAUGCGAGAAAAGACCCCCGCGAUUGCAAAGCUACGCUGCAAUGAUCAAUGGGAGGAGCACCUCAUCCAGGACGAGGAGCUCGCGGAAACCUUCCUGGACACCAAGGACUUUUCGGCUGAUGCUAUGGACCAGCUACUGGACGGUCUUUGGCUAAGUGAAGAGACGGUACCCAACCGCCGAGGAGAAACCUUCAGCCGCAGCUCCCGGAUUACCUCCCAUGUGGCUGGCAUGUUUCGGCAUGGUGGAGUAGUUGGGGCGACCAAUCUGGUUCGGCAUCGGCCCGCGCUAGUGAAGUUCCUAGUGGAGUUUGUCAAGGCGCAGCUCCCUCCGGGAACUACCUUCACUUCCCUAGCAGUCAACUUCAACAUGCCAUCGCAAUGUCACAAGGACAGCAACAACAAGCCGGGGGAGAAAGCGUACUUGAUGGGCUUUGGCAACUAUGUGGGAGGUGGUUUGUGGUGCCAUGACGAGACUGCCGAGUCGGAUGUGCGCUGGAAAAAGGUGGACGCUUGCUGGCUACCGGGCAAGGUUCACCCAACCUACCAUCAGCUCGUCACCUUCGACCCCCGACGGCUUCAUCAACCUCAGUCUUGGGAAGGUAAUCGCUAUGUCAUCAGUGCGUAUACUGUGGGCUGUGACUGCAACUGCUCUUCAGCGGAUCGUGAUCUACUACAAGCUUUGGGUUUUCCACUACCACCGGCCAUGGUUCAGCCGCGGGCUGAAGGAGGAGGAGCUCGGUGUUGUUGUGGGGCGAUGAAAAGUUUGCGUCGUUCCAAGGGUGCCCUUCGGAAGUUUUGUGGUGCUUUUGACGGAGCUGGAAGAUGCAGUCCAGGUUCGGGGGAGGAUCAGUUUUUGGAACCCCAUCAAGUCGGUGGAGACAGUCAGGGUCUGGAGGAGGAUCAGAUAUUGGAACUCCCUCAAGUCGAUGGAGACAGUCAGGGUGCGGGGGAGGAUCAGAUGUUGGAACCUUCUCAAGUUGGCGGAGGCGGGCUAUGCGAGUCGGCCUGUCUGUGCAAAGGCUACGAGGUGGAUCCGUCGCUGUGUACCUGCCGGGUGUCUCAGGUGAAGUCGCGGUUGGAGCCCCAGGUGUUCUACAUUGGUGGAGAUGAUGAGGCGCUGGAGUCGGAAGAGGCUGUGCUUGGGAACCAGGAUGUGGGCGGCUUCGGUGACGGCGCAUGGUUGAAUGAGGCCUGGGGGGCCUAUGGUCCGCCCGAAGUUCCGAAGCUCAAGGCGAUCAAUGACCAGGACGAGGCCUCGUACAUGCUCCUUGGUUCUGAGGUUCCGUUGGAGGUGGGAUGGGAUCUUUUUGACACCUACCUUGACGAUCUCCGUCUUGCGCUGAUCCAGGAGGAGUACCUGGAUGGGGACGAGCUUCUACGAAAAGGCGGAGAAGGAGAAGACGGUGCUGGCUCACUGUCCAGGUGGGUUCAAGGUCGUGCCGAUUUGGAAGGCACCAUGGAGGAGUUUUCGUCUUUGGAAACGGAGCAGUCAGAGUGUGCAGUGAAGAAAGUCGAGGUGACGGAGGAAAAAGAGCUGGAAAUGCCUUUGCACACGAAGACCAUUCCCAAUGACGUGGUCCGGAAGGAGAUCGGCAAGUGGGUUCCAAGCAUGGUUUCGGAGUACGAAUCUCUGGUCCGGGAGAAUGACGCGGUGGAGCCUUUCGAUGAGAAGCUCCUGGACCAGUGGCGCCGGGAAGGACGUGAGUUUGAUUUGGUUCCCGGGAAAACCGUGCACACCGUGAAGGCUUUCACGGGCCGUUUGAAGACGAGGGCGGUGAUUUGCGGCAACUUCCUGGGGCAGAACUUCUCGAAGGACCAGAAGUAUGCUGCUGGUGCAGAUGGAGUUUUGACCCGCAUCCUCUUCCGGAUGAUCGCUCUCGUGAUGUGGAGUGUCUGUGUCAUGGAUGUACGAACGGCCUUUUUACUAGCUCCUCUCCUGUUUCAAGAAGAUCGACCCACCUUGGUCCAGGUGCCGAAGAUGUUUCUUCUUGGAAACGUGUGCCAAGAGCGGAUUUGGAGGGUCAAACGGGCCUUGUAUGGUUUGGUUACUUCUCCGAGGUCAUGGGAGGUGUACCGCAACCGCACGCUGGCGGAGAUGAAAGGCACCGUCCCGGAAGGACCGGUCAAAUUGAUCCAGUCGGAGAUCGAUGGAAGCCUGUGGUAUAUUCAGGUUGGAGCUCGUCGUGCCGGGGCCCUCAUCUGCUAUGUGGACGACCUCCUGAUCGCGGGCGAGAAGAUCGUUGCUCAGGAGGUUGCGAGGAUGAUUGGAAGCACUUGGAAGUGCACUGAGCCCCAAUGGGAUGAUGUCACCUUCAACGGCUUUGAGAUCCAGAGCACAGAGGAUGGUCUGGUAUUGAGGCAGGACUCCUAUACGAAGGACCUUUUGGACCGCUACAAGGACCUGCCCGGCUAUGAGGAGGUGCCAGCCCCGAUGCAGCUCUGCACUGAAGACUUCGAGCUUAAGGACGGCGAGGUCGCGGCGGACUUCGUUCAUACGGCACAGGUGAUGGCGGGGGAACUACAAUGGUUGGCGGGACGAUGCCGGCCGGAAAUCCUCUAUGCGGUGAAUCUGUUAUCGCAGACCAUAAGCCGACGACCAAAAGAGGCGGUGUACCGCGGAGGCCACCUGAUCAAGUACCUCAAGCGCUUCCCCAAGGCUGGGCUUCUGUACACCCGACGGCCUCAAGUGACGCCAGAUGGUCAGGUGUCGGCGGCCAAUGCGGUCAUUGAAGGCUACUGUGACGCCAGCUUUGCCCCGAGUGCGGAGAGAAGCCAGCAAGCUGUGAUGGUCUUUGUGGCUGGCGGGCUCAUUGCCUGGUCCAGCCAUCGCCAGGCCUUUGUGACUAUGUCGACGGCGGAGAGCGAGUUGGUGGCCAUUUGCGAGCUAGCUACUUGUGUGAAGUCAGUAGAGCAUUUGGUUGCUGAGAUCAUGCUUGACUCGAGUGCCCGGAUCAAUGAGGUGAUCAAGGUGAUGUAUUCGGAUAGCCAGUCGGCCCUAGCGGUGUGCCGAUGUGCGGCAGGCUCGUGGAGGACAAGGCACUUGAGGAUCCGUGGCAACAUGAUCAGAGAGCUGCUUGAGCUCCCCAACUGGUGCGCCUACCAUGUCGACGGCAAGGUGAUGUUGGCGGACCUGGGAACGAAGGCCUUGGCUGCGGAUCGCUUCAACAUGCUUGUUGAUAGGAUGAGGGUGGUGCGCACACGCUCCACCGCUUCUACCAAGAGUUUGACCGCUGGCCAGGCAAAGAAGUUGAUGAUGGUGCUAUGCUUGGCUGCUAUGGUGGAGCAUGGAGAGGCUGCCGAGAUCGACCCCCGGGAGCCUUUCGACUACCGGUUCGUUGGGUUGUGCAUGCUGGCCGUGAUUGCGAUUUGGGAGUGCGUGAAGGGCGCGUUCAGCACGAUGCUUGGCUACUACCGAGGCGGCAUACGACGCCUGAGAAGCGAGGUCGACCCGAGACUGGAUUACCGCCGGAGCGGCCUGCGGAGAACACAGGAAGAGACCUCGCUGAGUAGGUCCUCGGAUCCUGAUUCAGGCACCGAGGAUCGACAGGAGGUAACCUCACCGGUGAUUUCCCAGGCUGCUGCUUCUUCUACCUUGCGGAAUCGCAGUCGGGUCACUGGGGAACGUCGUCCACCAACGCCUCCGAUUCCUACGGUGACCAUGCAAGCUCCAGAGCCUCGCAUCGUGACUAGGCCAGCCGAGACAGCAUACAGCUUUCCGGACCCCUCCGGAAAGCGCGAUCGCUGGGAAUGGGACGAAGCGAAUGGCGUAGUGAUUCGCUGGCACGCCGCCGCUCGGAUGCAGCUUUUCGUGCCAGGCCAGACCGCUGGAGGCCCUAUCCAAUCACAACUUACAGGAGAGAGGCAGACCUUUGCGAAGUUUGCCAAUGGAGAGACGCGUGUCGUGGCAGACAACUACAAGGAGUUGCACAAGCCUGCGCAAACACUAGCGGAUCGUGAGUGGAGGGGGCGCACGGAGCUGCGCCUAGUCCCAGCACAAGGACGAAUGAAUGUCAAGCCUUGA